UUAUUACGUUUUCACUAAACACAAAUAAAUUAAAUAAAAUAGUAGUCCCAUUAAAUCCGGUGCGAAGGAAAAUGUCUGUGGUAAAACAGCAGAAGAAAAUAAAUAUUUGUUGUAAUAGGUCGUUUUAUUAAAAUGGAGGAGGGGUGUAAUACGCACUCCGAGACAGAAGGUGGCACCUAAACACACAGACCGCCGUUAAGAACCGAAAACAAGACGCAAAGACGGAAACAUGCAGAGAAUCAUGGCUGAUACUUCAUUUGUCUGUAAACGUACCAGCGGUUAAAUGUUCCUGCGCCAUGUCGCCACGUCUAAUAUGGAUGAAGUGAACGUGGUGUGUCUUCUUGUCUGGAGAUGUGUGGAUGCCUGCUGCCUGCUGUUCGACCUGCUCGUUGGGACGGUCGCCUGGCUGCUGCGCCUCCUGUCCGGCCUGAGCGCCUCCACCCUGGUCGAGUACUGGAACUUCGCCCUCUUCUCCUUCCUCACCGCCACAGAAGCCAUCUCUGGUGCCGCCCACGGAGCCCUGCACGCCGCGGAGGGCUGGCUGCAGUCGCUGGGGGGCGUGUUUGAGAGUUUCAAGAUGGUGGGACACCUGUUCUGUCACGUGACGUGGCGCACCAAGGAGCUGCUACACCGCGGGCUCGUGUCUGGGAGCUGCGUCCUGCGACAGACGCUUGAGGGCAUCGUAAUCAUGCUCAGCCUCGUCCUCUACUUCGUCAACACGAUGGUCAACAUCGUCCUCAUCGGCAUGCAGAACUGUCUGUCGGUGGCGGCCGGCGUGUGGGAGGUGGUGGCGGGCCCGGUCCACAGAGUGCUGGAGCUGGCUCUGACCGCGCUCACCUUCCUGUACAGCUGCCUGGUGGGUGCUUCCGUGCUGCUGUGGACGCCGUGCCAGCUGCUGCUGGACUCCCUGGGAGCGCUGGGACGCAUCUUCCUCACCGUGAUCAUGGUGGACUCUCACAGCUUGCUCGUCACUGCAGCCGCCGCCACCAUCUCUCUGGCUCUGCUGCUGUUGAACCCUCGGCUUCCUGUGCUCGCUGGGCGGCUGAGCCUCCGCCUGGUCAACGCCAUGCCAGGAGCUCGUGGCGCUCAGGUGACCGUUCGCCGGCUGUACGCGGUGCUGCUCGAACCAGCUCCGGCCGACCAGGUGGUCCACACCAGGACAGCACCGGAUGUGACCAGGACAAGGCCCCCGAGCUCAGACACAGGUGGUUUAACCACCGACCAGCUGCCAGAGACCGACCUGAGCGAGCCAGACUCGGCUCAGGCUCAGGAGGACGGCGGCAGCAGGACGAGCCCCUCCCAGCCGAGCCCGGCGGCGGAUGGCGAGCUGCUGAGCCUCCUGAAGGAGCAGGAGGAGAGGAAGAAGUGCGUCGUCUGUCAGGAUCUGAGUAAGACGGUGCUGCUGCUGCCGUGCCGACACCUCUGCCUCUGCCGCCACUGCGCCGACAUCCUGACGCAGCGACGGCGCUGCUGCCCGCUCUGCCGGCAGAACAUCACCCAGACCCUGGACGUCUUCCUCUGACAGACCACACCGAAGCACAGGACAGAAACACGGCUCCGGGGGCUGCAACAACCGGUCGAUUAAUCAAUUAGUCGAUCGAUGGAAAGUUAAUCAGCAGCUCUUUAGUUAAUCGAGUCAUUUAAAAAAAAAAAAGAUAUAUCAAACUUCUCUGGUUUCAGCUUCUUAAAUGUGAAUAUUUACAUAAGUGAAACCUGUUUAUCAGACAUUUGAAGACGCCAUUUUGAGCUCUGAACAUUUCUCACAGUUUUCUGAUCAAUCAAACACCUAAUCAGUUAAUUAAGAGAGUAAGUGACAGAUUAAUCAGUAAUAAGAAUAAUUAUCAGCUGCUGCUCUGUCUGUGUUUUCAUAUUAGAUGAUCAUUAUUUAUUUAUCUGAGCAGGGACAGUGCAGAAUUAAACAUCAUCCAAAGCGAUGACUUCACCAGGUUUAAACAGCUGCUAAUUCCAAUUAUUAAACAAAUGGCCUCUGACUGCAACUAACAAUUAUUGAUUAAUCUGCCUGUUACUUUUGUCUGUGAAAUGUGAAAUAUUCUCAACACGUCUUCAAAUGUCUUGUUCGACCAAAACUCCAAACACACCAGAACUAUUUAGUUUACAGUGAUUCAAGACAAAGAAAAGCAGGAAGUCUUCUCAUCCAUUAAUCGAUUGAUCGGUUUAUUGAACAAAGUCUAAUGUUGACAGAGCAGUUUGUGCCAAACAGCUGAUGAAAUGAGGAGUGAAACACUGGAAAUGUUUUCAGAUAUGAGUGAUUUUUUUCUCCUGUUGUCAAACCAGUCAGAAUUAAACACAGCUCGUUAUUUCUGCUUUUUACUCUGAAAAAAAAAAAAAUACUAUAUUACUUUAAGCUGUUACCACAACCAUCAGAUCCAACUGAAAUAUUAUUUUCAUCUACAUAAUCAGUCACUGAUUUUCAGACAAACAGCUGGAUCAAUCAGCGACUGUUUAAUAAUCAAUAAUCAACAUUUUUAAAGCAAAAAUGAGCAAAAAGCUUUUUGGCUCCUGCUUUAAAAUGCAACAUGUUGAGUUCAUGAACAUAUUUAGUGUUUUUGACUGAGACAAAAUGAGAAAAUUGAAAAUGUUAAAUCUAAAAAUUCAGUAUUUUCUAACAUUGAUAAAAUGGUCGAUUGAUUGAUGAUAGCUUUUACAUUCAUGAAUGUUUGCAGUUUACAUUUAAAGUCUGAACCAAGUUUUAUUAAUGUUUACUUUUUUUCCUUUUUACUGAAUUUCUUGUUGCACUUUCUGCAUUUCACCUGCUGCUCAGUGUCUUUGUAGAAGCACAAAUACUAAACUGUGUUUCUGCUUCCUGGUGAAUUAAUUUAUUUAUCUGAUAAGUCUGAAAUAACAGAACAACAGAGAAGCUCUUAAAUCUUAGAAACUUUAACACUGGAUUCAUACACUUACAGUUUUGUGCCAAAGAUUUAAAGUUACAGUCGUUUUUGUACUUAUGUAAAAACAAAUGUGUUUCUGCUUUUGUUUGUUUUUUUUUAAUAUUGUGAACAUUUAUUUAAAAAACUAUAAAAGCUGUCUUUGAAUAUCUGCUCAGGAUCUUUAAUUUGAGUUCAUUUUAAACUAUUUUAAGUCCCAACAUUUCCGCUAAUUUGAUCUGCUACAGAUUAAAUACAAUAAUUAAGUUAUAAAAUUCA